AUGGAGAGAUUGAGAAGCACAAUUCUUGUGGCCAUUCUGCUAUGCAAGAUCAGUUUGGCAUGUGUUCCACCACCAUCUGUGGAAUGCAAUGGAGGAAGAUGUGAAAUAUUCAACUAUCAAGGGAUUUGGGAUGAUCUGAGCAGUUGCAAAGCAGGGAGAGCAUUCUUUCCCAACACAGAACCAGAGCUUCUUCAAGCAGUCAGAUUUGCUGUCAAAAUGGGGAAAAAGAUCAGAGUUGUAAGCCGGUUUUCUCACAGUCUAAGCAAACUUGUUUGCCAAGAUAAGGAAGGAGUGAUAAUAAGCACAGCCAAUUAUGACUCAAAAAUCCAGGUGAAUAAAAGUGCAAUGACAAUCACAGUGGCAGCAGGAGUAAUGAUGAGAGAUGUGAUUGAUGCAGCUGCUAAGGAAGGCCUUGCUCUGCCACACAUGAUUUACUGGGAUGGAGUUUCUGCAGCAGGGGUGUUGAGCACUGGAGCUCAUGGAAGUGGGGUUUUUGGAAAGGGGAGUGCUGUCCAUGAGUAUGUUAGAGCACUCACCAUUGUUGUUCCCACUACUCCUGCACAAGGUUAUGCCAAGCUUGUAAGUGUUGCUCAGGGAGAUGAGCGUUUCAAUGGUGUGAGAUUAUCUCUGGGUGUAUUGGGUGCCAUCUCAGAGAUUACUUUUGGAUUGGAACCCAUUUUUAAGAGGUCUGUGUCUUACAGCUUGGAGGAGGAUGUUGGGAUGGAGGAGAGGAUUGUGGGUUUUGUGAAAAAGUAUGAGUUUGGAGAUGUUUGGUGGUAUCCUGCUCAUGGGGAGGUCAUUUGGGGGGCAAUUGAUCGGGUGAGUGGAGACGUCGAUGGAGAUGGAGUCAACAAAAUGGAGCAGCUGGGCCAGCCAAGUACUGUAUCAAAUGCUGAAGACUCUGGAACCACACUUAAUACAAUUGAAUCAACACAAGACACAAAGCUGUUAUGCAAUCUCACCGGACAAAUAAUGACCGCGAGAGUAUCGACAGGUGCAGGGUUCUUAAACAGUGAAAGCCAAGGAUUCGUCAAAUAUCCAGUGAUAGGAUGGAAUAACAGAAUGCAGGCCACAGGAGGAUGUCAAGAUUACUUUCACAAACAAGAACCCAAUCCCAAAAUAUGCACACCUCAUAAGAUUUUGGACAAGAACGAAUCCAUAUGUUCAUGGGAUCGUCGAGUAGAUGGUGUGAGAGGCUUCGACGUAGAAAUCUACGUGCCACUCAAGAAUGCAAAACAUGCAAUUAUGGACGUAAAAAAAAUCCGAGACCUAAACCCACAUGCCCUCUGUGAGCUGGAGUUCCUAGAGGGCAUGUCAAUGCGCUCCGUGAAGAAAUCAGAAGCUUACUUAGGACAUUCUGAGGAUGUUAUUACGUUCGAGUUUGAAUAUUUGAGAAAGGAGCAGUGGGAGGAGCCAAAGUGGAACAUGGACGUUUAUGAAGAGAUAGAACAAAUGCUUGUGGAAAAGUAUGGAGGGACACCCCAUUGGGGGAAGUCUGGAGGUUUUUUGUUCCAAGGAGUUGCAAACAAGACUUUGGACUUGCCCAAAUUUUUGAAGGUGAAGGAGGAGAUGGACCCAACUGGUUUGUUUUCUAUUGACUGGACUGAUGCCAUUCUUGGCAUUGGAGGAAAACAAGUGCAAGUGUUUAGAGAUGGAUGUGGGUUGCAUAAGAUGUGUAAAUGUAAGGAGGAUAGGCAUUGCUUACCACAUAAAGGCUAUUUCUGCAGGCCUGGAAGAGUGUGGAAGAAUGCUCGGGUUUGUAGGAAAGAUUGAAAAUCAGACAUUUAUUGUUACGAUUUAUAUUUGUGAAGUAAUGGAGAUUACAAUUGGGAGAUCUCAUUUCUGAUAUAAACAAUUAACAAUAAUAUUCAAACCGGUUUGAAUUUUGAUUGUAAGAACAAUACCACAACUUAACCAUCAUUGUAUUUAAUUUUUAGUUUUAUAAGAUAUCAUCUUAUUU